AUGACGCCCAAAAACUUCAUCAUAACUGGCGCAGGCCGUGGAAUCGGACGUGGACUCUCUCGCCUCCUCCUCAACGACGGCCACCGCGUCUUCCUGAUCGACAACAACACCACCGAAUUGGGCCACACGGUCGAGAAUCUCAGUGUAAAACAUGACCGAGGCAAAGACUUUGAAGCCAAGACCUGCAAUCUUCGAAAACCAGCCGAAAUCAUCACCGCCAUAGCAGCCGCGAGCAAACUCUUUCAAGGAAAAUUGGACGUUUUGGUGAAUAAUGCCGCCUACACCGAAGCGGUUGGAAAGGCAUCAUUAGAGCAGCUGUCCCUGGACGACUGGAAUGCGAGUUUAGAAGUCAACUUAACAGCGCCGAUGUUGGUUACGAAGGCUUGUUUGACCAUGCUGGAGCAUGCUCCCGAAGGAGGCGCGGUGAUUAAUAUUUCCUCCACUCGAGCUUUCAUGUCGGAACAACACAAUGAACCUUAUUCGGCUACCAAAGCUGGACUGCUGGGUUUGACGCAAAGUAUGGCGGUCAGUCUGGCGGAGAAGGAUAUUCGGGUCAAUGCGAUCCUACCCGGCUGGAUUAAUGUCAGUGAUGAGUGUAAAGAGGCGGAUGAGAAGGAUCAGGAUUGGGAAGAGGGUUUGACGAGGGAGGAUCAUAGAUGGCAUCCUGCGGGGAGGGUGGGAAAGGUGGAUGAUAUUUGGAGAGCGGUCAUGUUUCUUGUUGAUAGUGAGUUUGUUACAGGGACGGAGGUUGUUGUUGACGGAGGGGUUACGAGGAAGAUGAUUUAUCCUGAAUGA